GAGCGGAACGCGAGAUCUCUUCGGUAUCCAAGGAGACGACGGCAGCGUUUGGUCUCUGCAGUGAGGAAGAAGAGGCUGUGUGUGUGUUUUCUUCUCCCUCAGGUGAUGUCUGCGUUUAGCUGAGAGCAUUUCCACACGAUGGACCUGCCGGAGACGCUCAGAAGACGUUUAGAAGACUUUUCUCGAAACGUUUUGUUUGACCAGAGUCGGACUCCGCCUUUCACGAAGGAGAACGACUCGUUUUUGCCUCACGACAAGCGGGUCCUGUCUAGCCUCCACCUCCAGAUGUCUCUGUACUUUAACAUGUGGUUCUUCCCCUUGUGGUGGAUCAGUGAAACUACAAUGCUGCACCUCAAGUAUCCCGCCCUGCCAGACUACUACAAGUUCAUCCUCGUCACUGUGCUCGUCGUGAUGACUCUGAUCGAGGCCAUCAGACUCUUCCUCGGUUACACCGGGAACCUUCAAGAAAAGGUCCCAGAGUUGGCUGGAUUUUGGCUGCUGAGCAUCCUGCUGCAGUUUCCGCUCAUCCUGUUCCAGCUGUUCAACGAAGCCAUUCUCAUACUGCCGCUGGAGAGGGGGGUCCACAUAGUUCUCGCCAUAUUCAUACUCACACAGGCCCUGUCUGGUUUCGUGGCGCUCCGAGACAUGGUCAAACACACAGAAAGCCAGUUUCACCUCCGACAGUUUGACUGAAUUGUGACGCUCCCGCCACAUCUGGACAUAUUCGUACUUCACACCGCACAGACUUAGAGGCUGACAACAAAAAAUAAUGUGUCACUUUUUGUAUUACAUGUUGUAUUUUAGGAGGAGAUUUCCUCCCCAGGAUGGAUCAUUGAAGAGAGAAACAUCUGGAUAUAUUUAUUUUUGUAUUUUAUUAACAAUGUAUUCCACGGGAUUGUAUUUUUGUUUUUGUUGGAAUAAA